AUGUCCGGACGAGGUUACGACCGAGGUUACGACCGUGACGAUCGCGAUGACCGACGAGGUGGCCGCGCUGACCGUCCACCCCGUGGCGGUCGCGACAGCCGAGACCGCGCACCACCCACUACUCUCUUUGUCGCCGGCUUCCCCCCGAACAUGCGAGCUAAGGACCUGGCGUACGAAUUCGAGCGCAUGGGACCCUUGAUUCGAUGCGAUAUCCCAGCACUCAAGUCGACCAGUGCAACUCCUUAUGCUUUCGUUGAAUUCGAGGACCCAAGAGAUGCGGAUGCCGCUUUCCGCGAUAUGCACGGUAUGCGAUUCGGACGCCACGAGAUCUCGAUUCAGUUUGCAAAGAACGCUCCGUCGGCCAACUGGAGAUUCGACGGUCCUUCUCGCGGCCCUCCUCCUCCUCCUCCUCCUGCAUUUGGCGGUCGCGGUGGUCGUGACUCUCGCGAUGACCGUGGCUCUUCACGCUCCGAUCUUCCUCCUCCUCCUCCACGUCCCAAGCUCACCGCUGAGGAGCAGGAGGAGGCCGACCGCUCAGCUGAGGAACGUGCCCGCAGACGUGCAGCACUUCGUCGUGAGCGUUCGCCUGAACCUCGACGUGACAAUGAUGCUGACUACGCUGAGGACCGCAGAAGCUCUUCGCGUCGUGACGAUGACGCUGACAGGGAACAGCGCCACGGGAACGGCGACAGCGCUACCAAUGGCAAGGAUGCUGAGGAAGCAGCUCCCAAGGACGAGGCUAUGGACGAGGCUGCCAACGGAAACAAAAAUGCUGUCGACGCUGGCGAGGAGAAUAAGGCUGAGGAGGCUGAUGGCAACGCUGGUUGGGUAAGCAACGAGUGA